AAAGAUGUUGGUCAAUACUUGAAACCCAAAAAAGAUUUUUUUUUUUUUUUUCUUAUCCUUAUCUUCACCUCCUAACAACUUCCAUCAAAGCAAAGAAGGAGAAUGUCGAAACAAAGGUUGCAGGGUAAGGUGGCCAUUGUCACCGGCGGAGCCACCGGAAUAGGAGCGGAAGCAGUGAGGAUAUUCGUGGAAAACGGAGCAUCUGUGGUGAUAGCAGACAUAAAGGACGAACUGGGUCACAGUUUGGCAACUUCGUUUGGCUCAGAAAAAGUGAGUUAUCGGCACUGUGACGUGAGAGACGAGAAUGAAGUUGAAGAGACAGUGGCUUUCACAGUAGAGAAAUAUAGCAGCUUAGACAUCCUGUUCAGCAACGCUGGCAUCGCAGGACCCUAUUCAUCCUUACUGGAUCUGGAUCUCAACGAAUUUGACAACACCAUGGCCAUUAACGUUCGUGGGGUAGCCGCAACCAUCAAGCACGCGGCACGCGUCAUGGUUGCUAAAAAAAUCCGUGGAUCCAUAAUUUGCACUGCCAGCGUGGCUUCGUCCGUCGGGGGAAGCGCGGGUCAUGAGUACACCGUAUCCAAACACGGCGUUCUUGGGCUUGUUCGGUCGGCGUGCGGCGAGUUUGGAGCUUAUGGAAUAAGAGUGAAUUCCGUCUCGCCUUAUGCACUUGCCUCGCCUCUUACUUGCGACGCACUCGAUUGGGGACCUGCUGAAGUUGAUGCUGCGCAACAUGGUUCUGCGAAUUUGGAGGGGAUUACGUUGAAGGCUAAUCAUAUUGCGGAAGCUGCUCUGUUUCUUGCUUCUGAUGAAUCGCUUUAUAUCAGUGGCCACAACUUGGUCGUCGAUGGAGGUUUCACCGCCGUUAAUCGUUGGCUUCCUAGGAUUCAAAAGUAACAUAUCCCAGAGGAAACAGAGGCAAGAAACACAGCAGCCUCCGCAGUAUGAUUAGUCUUCAAUCUUGUCCACUGGGUCCAAAUGUUUUUCUACGUUCUUCUUUCCUCUGUCUUCUGUAACUUUUAAAUUCUUAUUUCAUGAGUUGAAUUACUUCGGUGGUCACAUGUGUGUAAAAUUUACGUAUUGUAAGAUGUCUUUACUUAUUA